CUACAAAACCUGUCCCUCUUCAGUGCUCCGGUCGUCCCGAUUGCCCAUUUCACCCUCGCUAACGAUCAGCUCGCACCUCAGCGUCAAUUCGAUCCUCCUGCUGCCUCCUUCCAUCUUUGAAUCCUCUAUUUCUAUCCCUGCCGUACCCUUUAAUUGUUUCUUUGUCAUAUGUUACAGUUUGGCUGCUGCAACGCCACAACGUAUAUGUCGCAGCCAUCUCCCGCGACAUUUCCGGUGCCGCCUUUGUGAUCCGAGCUAUCUUGACGAUUUCCUGCUUCGUCUUCAUAUUUAUCGAUCCCGUUGGGUUUACACGAUGUCUUUCAGAGCGCAAGAGCUGUACAAGAAGUUCGCGCGUAAGGUGGGAAAGGACGUGCCGGCGGAGGUGAUGGAGACGGUAAAGAAGUGCCUCCCUAACAGCAAGAUUGUCAUGGGAAGAGCGAAGCGCGGCAUCUUCGCUGGGCGGCACAUCCAGUUUGGCAAUAAGAUCAGUGAGGAUGGUGGAAACAAGUCCAGAAGAACAUGGAAGCCAAAUGUGCAGCAGAAGCGUCUCUUCAGCUAUAUUCAUGACCGCCACAUCCGUGUAAAAGUUACCACUCACGCACUGCGAUGCAUCGACAAAGCUGGCGGCAUUGAUGAGUACCUCCUGAAGACACCCUAUCACAAAAUGGAUACCGAGCUGGGCGUUUUAUGGAAGGCGAAGGUAGAGAAAAUGUACGAGGAGUUCAGCAAUAUGGAGGUGGGAUUCUUCGCCCCAGAAGAGGAAGCCAAGAUUGCAAAGGGCUUUGAGGAGUACAAGAUUGCUAAGAGGGAUGCGAGGAGGGAAAGUAGAAGAGCUUUGGCGAGCCAGAAACGGAUCGAGGAAGGGACGAAGAGUACUGUUGAUGUUAAGGAUGGGGAGGUUGAAGCUCCAGCCACAUCAUGAAGAGAGAAAUGGCAUUUUAUGUAAUUUUAAUUCUGCAGGAAAUCAGGCAAAUGACAGUUUUCUGGGACGUCUCUCCGAAAAACCAUUAGCAGUUGCUGCAAAAUAGAGUAAAUAAAAUAAAUUCAAUGCUCAA